GUAGCAGUAGCCGUUUGUUUCUCCGUGUGUAAACGGGACAGAGGGUCGUUCUCCAGAUUCUCAGCAGUUGUUGUGGACCGUGAGGCUGAGACGCUCCUCUUGGUGGAACUCUCCCGGGAGGAGGAGUUCUCUUCACUCAGUUAAUGUUGACUGAGUCUCAGUUCAGUUCGUCCAAGUUUUUCUCAGCAUCACUUUGUUCUCCGCCCUCAUCAUUUUUCACCCUUUUUAUCUGCAUUGUGUUUCAGCGCCACCAUCUCUGCGGUGCACGGAUUACAAUGUCACGGAUCCUGGAGGUUUGGCUGACGCUGGUGGCAGUGUCCGCCCUGAGCAGUGGCGGCUCGGCGGGGUACGGGCUGAGCACGUUUGCAGCCCAGUCCUCUCCUCCGGACCCCUGCUAUGACGAGAACGGGAACCCGCGGAGAUGCAUCCCCGACUUUGUCAACUCGGCUUUCGGCAAGGACGUGCGCGUGUCCAGCACCUGCGGGAACCCGGCCGCCCGCUACUGUGUGGUGACCGAGAAGGGUGAGGAGAGGAGCAGGGAGUGUCACACGUGCGACGCCGGGGAUCCAAAGAAGUGCCAUCCGCCUGCGUACCUGACGGACCUCAACAAUCCACACAACCUCACCUGCUGGCGCUCUGAAAACUACCCACAAUACCCUCAGAACGUCACCCUGACCCUGUCACUGGGUAAAAAGUUCGAGGUCACCUACGUCAGUCUGCAGUUCUGCUCACCCAGACCCGAGUCCAUGGCCAUCUACAAGUCCAUGGACUACGGUAAAUCCUGGGUUCCCUUCCAGUUUUACUCCACGCAGUGUAAGAAGAUGUACAACCGGCAGAACAAGGCGACCAUCACCAAGCAGAACGAGCAGGAGGCCGUGUGCACCGACUCCCACACCGACAUGCACCCGCUGACAGGUGGACUCAUCGCCUUCAGCACCCUGGACGGCAGACCGUCGGCGCACGACUUCGACAACUCCCCGGUGCUGCAGGACUGGGUGACGGCCACCGACGUCAAGGUGAUCUUCAGCCGCCUCCACACCUUCGGGGAUGAGAACGAAGACGACUCGGAGCUGGCGCGGGACUCCUACUUUUACGCCGUGUCCGACCUACAAGUCGGAGGUCGCUGCAAGUGCAACGGACACGCUUCCAAAUGCGUCAAAGACAGAGAAGGGAAUCUGGUGUGUGAGUGCAAACACAACACGGCGGGACCGGAGUGCGACAGGUGCAAACCCUUCCACUAUGACCGGCCGUGGCAGCGCGCCACAGCCCGAGAGGCCAACGAGUGUGUGGCCUGCCACUGUAACCUGCACGCCCGCCGCUGCCGCUUCAACAUGGAGCUGUACAAACUGUCGGGGCGCAGGAGCGGAGGCGUCUGUCUCAACUGUCGCCACAACACGGCUGGACGCCACUGUCACUACUGCAAAGAGGGUUACUACAGGGACCUGAGCAAGGCCAUCAGCCACAGGAGAGCCUGCAAAGCGUGUGAUUGCCACCCGGUGGGAGCAGCAGGGAAGACGUGCAACCAGACUACGGGACAGUGUCCCUGCAAGGACGGAGUGACAGGAAUCACCUGUAACCGCUGCGCUAAGGGCUACCAGCAGAGCCGCUCCCCCAUCGCUCCGUGCAUCAAAAUCCCCGUCGCCCCCCCCACGGCCACGUACAGCAGCUACGAGGAGCCUUCAGAUUGUGACUCUCACUGUAAGAGUUCCAAAGGAAAGAUGAAGAUCACCAUGAAGAAGUACUGCAAAAAAGACUACGCUGUUCAAGUGCACGUUUUGAAAGGAGACAAAGCGGGAGAGUGGUGGAAGUUCACUGUCAACAUCAUUUCCGUCUACAAACAAGGUGAGAACCGCAUCCGUCGCGGCGACCAGCUGCUGUGGGUGCGUGCCAAGGACGUGGCCUGCAAAUGUCCCAAGAUCAAGACUGGGAGGAAGUACCUGCUCCUGGGGUCAGAGGACGACGCUCCGGGGCAGAGCGGAGUGGUGGCGGACAAGGGAAGCCUGCUCAUCCCCUGGAAGGACCUGUGGGGGCGUCGGCUGAGGAAGUUCCAACAGCGUGACAAGAGGGGGAAGUGCUAGGAAGGAGUGAAGGAGAGAGGACAGAGGAGGAGUGGAGGGAAGCGAUGCCUUCAGGGACGAGGGGAGGACCAAGUAACACUCGAAAAAAACUGGAAAAACAAGAGGAGAGGCAGAGGUGAGGAGUGGGAGAGAUGGGAGGAAGGACCGAGUCCUGCUGCUCUGAUGUGGAGCGACCAGAUGACGGGUUUUUUCACCUCGUCUCGUCUCAUCGUAGCGGCAGAAUUUGGAGCUAAUGUUACAGAACGGUCCGUUUUACUGCCGGGCUGUUGGUUCUCCCUCGGUCCACUGUUCUACACAACCUGCACGUGUGUGUGUGUGUGUGUUUCGACUACCCUGCGGUGCAGCACCGCUCCACGGGCCUUAUGUUGGAUGAGGUGCUGUUGCAGGCGGUUCAACUGGGAAGACUUUCAUUCAAACAGCUGAAAGUAAAACAUUGUGAAACAGUCACUGUGGCCAACGUGCGACCUCACCCCCCCACUCCCACAUCUGUCCUCCCCCAUCCUCUGGGCUCUUGGAUGAGUGAGUUACCUCAGUGUUAUGGCAACAAACUGCCACUAGGACGUUCUCCCUAUUCUCCUCAUCAGCUGUGACUGACCUCUGCAUGUAAAGUAACCGUAUGUGCGUGUGUGCAGCGCCAUCUAGCUGUAGAGUAGAAUAGGUAUCAACCAUGCACUUCAUGUUUUUCUAGUCUGAUCUUAGAAGAAAAUGUUCAGUAACUGUAGUGACGAAUGAUGUGGUUUUUAUCCUGACGAAAACCAAUACUGCGUACUUCAAACACAAGCCAUUUGGACUUCAGUGUAUACAGUGCAGUAGACGUGUGUAUUCCAGUGGACAGCAGCAGUACCUUCACAGUCCUCCAGGGUCGGAUCACUUCAAAACCCAUGGUAUAAAAAGAGGCAGCAGUGAAAAAAGCUUUGUGUUACACCACAGUCAGGGUACCACAGUCAGGGUAUCACAGUCAGGGUACCACAGUCAGGGUAUCACAGUCAAAAUAUAAGACAAAACUGGGAAAUUAUGAAAAAUCAAAAGUGUGUCUGAAGAGAAUAGUCUUCAAAAGUCCGACUAUUCAUCUGGACCGGGUCUGCUAGAACCUGUGGAACCUGGUUCUCUCUAGACUCAACAACAUUAAUCAGUCUACAGUCGGAGACCGACUGUCCUGAUCUCUGACCAGAGGUUGAAGCACCCACAGACACAUGCUGGAGUUAAUGAUGGGAUGUUCACAUCCAGGAGAUCCAGUGGAACUAGAACCGUUUCCCACCGUGUGUGUGUCACUGGUGGAUGGACAGAGGAAUUAUGGGAUAUACAGUCUUUCUGCAUCUUCGUCAAAAUCUUUAAACUGAUUAAUUCAUCAGUCAUCGCAGUUAAAGGGUUAACUUUGACAUUCCAACCUGUGAAUGAAACCAGUACAACCUGACCAGGAGUUGACCCCUGACCUUACUGACCCAUCACCAAAAGCUCACUGUUUACUGAAGCUAACUGUUAGCUAACAAUGACUGUGACUGUAUUGUUGAACUUUGACCUGUGGAGUGAUGAAAUAUCACCAGAUGUUUACAGGAGGCGUGACUCGGCACACACCCAGACCUGGUACUGGACACAAGGCCGACUGAGGCACCGUGUGGGCUUUUAUAGUAGUACUACAGUAGUACUUGUUACGUUACAUUUAUCUCCAUGUGAACUAAAGCCACUGUGUGUUGGUAGAAACUAAAUAAAGAGAGACAUUUUCAUGUGGGUUCAGUCACUUCACACACACACACACACACACACACACACACGUUUGUCAGUGUGUGUGUGAAGUGAGAAGCAGGUAGUGCCACCUAGUGUCUCCUUCUGUUCAUGUUCCUACAUUACCUUUAGUAAACCUGUGUAAUGUGUUGCAGUACUAAUAGAUUACGUUUAUCAUAAAUGAAUAUAUUUAAUGACCUGUGGUUUUUGUGCGUUCUAUUUUCGCUGGGUUUUGUUUUUUACUAUUGCAUUGAAAUGUAGACGCUGUGGUGAAAAGUAGGGCUCGUGGGCUCAGCCUGUUAGACGUCAACAUUAAUUCAAAUGAAAUAAAAGGCUGUAAAAAGUGAAGUUCUGCUGAGACGAGUGUCGCUUCUUAUUUUCACCUCAGUUUAAACAACAACAACAACAGAGGAAAUGACAUCAUCUCCGCUACAUCACAUAGUUCCAACAGAA